AUGGGCGCGUCAUGCGUGCUAUCCAUUCCUUUGAUUUUCUCUGCAGUUGCAUUGCAUCAUAAAGCAUUCACGUCUCCAAAUCCACCACCGAAAUCCACCAGAAACUAUGACGGUAUUGUAGACAGGACUUUAUUUCGGAGCAUCAGUUUCGUUACACUGGGGCAAAAGGGAAUGGCAUGGCUUGUCGGAGGUGCAGAAACCGCUGUAAUCCUAGCCAAAAAUAUCCCGAACUGGAAGUAUUCGACCUCCAUCCUGAAACAUUUAGUUCCAAACGGAAACUUCGAUCAGAUUGGAGAGCUGGACCCGUACUUCUGUAUGGGUACCGGGUUGAUCAUCGCUGGCGGCGCCUUGCGUUGGUCUUGCUAUAGGGCCCUUGGCAAAAUGUUCACGUACGAAGUCGCAGUGCAAAAAGAGCAUAAGUUGGUCACCAGUGGGCCAUAUGGAAUCGUGAGACACCCGUCAUAUUCCGGGGUAUUACUUAUUAUUGCUGGGCUUUUCAUCUGGCAAGGUGGGCCAAAUUCGUUUAUGAGGCAGAGUGGUAUGCUCGCCAGCUGGACUGGAAAGGCGUUUGCGGCUGGAUGUGCUUUAUGGCUGGGGACUCUCGGUGCGUCGUUUUUUAUGAUGAUAAGUAGGGCCCAUACAGAGGAUGUCCUACUUGUAAACGAAUUCAGUGACCAAUGGAAGGAAUGGGCGACUAGAGUUCCUUACCUCCUUUUCCCCUACAUUUAUUAG